UUUCAUUUCCUCUGGGUGUUCCGCGGACUGCACGCUGUUUUCCAAAGCCCUUUACACGGGGCCCAGCAGGAGCGCCACGACUCUACACCCAGUUCGCUCCUCAUCCAUCGGAGCUAUUUAAAGUAAAGGAGGUAAAUCUUCGCUCCUGCAGCCGACAAUCCUCGCACACAUUUCAGCCAAUGGCAGGGGGCGCAGGGGACUGCCGCAGCCAAUCACGGAGCAGUGCGAGCGCACUCCUGUUGACGACGCUCGACGACCAUGGCCGGAGGAGCCGAGUCCUUCUCUGUCUCACUAACUUCUAGCGUUUAGUUUCCACGCGGGCGAAACGGAAUGAUUUGGGGGCAGCUGCUGUGAGCAGGGAUGGGGGACAUAGAAGGUUCAUACCGGGCCCUGCAGACCCCCGGCACAAGGCUGGGGGCCCAGUUCAACGCCGGUAUCAGCACCUUGGAGCCGGGCCAAAGCCUCAGUGCCAACAUGGUCACUGCGAGCAAAAGCCAUGGGCGAGGACCACAGAUCCGUGUGCAGGCCCUGGACGAGUCUCAGGACUUCUUUGAAGUAGAUCCCAAAGCUCUUGGACAGGCGCUCCUCUCUGAGGUUUUCCACAGAGGCAACCUCAUCGAGAGUGAUUACUUUGGCCUCGAGUAUCAGAACAUGCAGUUGAACUGGGUUUGGCUGGAACCCACAAAACCCAUUUUUAAACAAGUCAGAAGACCAGCAAAUACCCUGUUUAGACUGGCAGUGAAAUUCUUUCCUCCAGACCCUGGUCAGCUGCAGGAGGAGUACACAAGGUAUUUAUUCUCCCAGCAGAUGAAGAGAGAUUUGAUGGAGGGCAGGUUGAUCUGCACAGAGAAUACUGCAGCCCUGUUGGCAUCUCACCUUGUCCAGUCGGAGAUUGGUGACUAUGACGACAUGGCAGACAGAGACUACCUGAGGGGCAACAAGCUGCUGCCUUACCAGGAGAAGGUGCAAGAGAGGAUCAUGGAGCUCCACCGCAGACACCUGGGCCAGACUCCGGCUGAAUCUGAUUUCCAAAUCCUGGAGAUAGCUCGUAAACUGGAGAUGUAUGGUGUCCGUUUUCACCCAGCAGCUGAUCGGGAAGGCACCAAGAUCAAUCUGGCUGUUGCUCACAUGGGUCUUCAGGUUUUUCAGGGCAACACAAAAAUAAAUACCUUUAAUUGGUCCAAGAUUCGUAAACUGAGCUUCAAAAGAAAACGGUUCCUCAUCAAGCUUCACCCAGAGGUCCAUGGGCCUCAUCAGGACACUCUGGAGUUUAUGAUGGCCAGUCGAGACAAUUGUAAAGUGUUUUGGAAGAUCUGUGUGGAAUAUCACUCAUUCUUCCGCUUGUUUGACCAACCCCUACCCAAAUCCAAAGCUAUCCUCUUCACCAGAGGCUCAUCCUUUAGAUACAGUGGAAGGACCCAGAAGCAACUUGUGGACUACAUCAGGGAAAACGGCGCUAAGCGAACACCAUACCAGAGGAGGAACAGUAAAAUACAAAUGUCUGCUCGUUCCCUAGCAACAGAUGUGCCAAAACAGAGCUUGUCAUUCAAUGACAGUCUCAGGACCCCAGGCUCCCCUUCCUCCGCUACAGUGUCUUUCCACUCAGCACACAUCCUAAGUGUCCUCCCACGGACAGAACUCCAACCUCAGCUGCAGCCUUUUCCCACGCUGAGCCAUACUCCAUCGCCUUCCCAUCAGCACCAGCAACAACAGAAGCAGCCACACCCGCAGCAGCUUCACUCCCCUCUGCAAGCCACCAGACCCCCCAGCCCACCGAAGGAAGAACCUGUCAAGGCCGCUUCCCCAUCCCACUACGCUUUUCAAGACUCUGUUGUGGACAGCCCUCAGCUCUCGCCCUUCAACUCCAAGGAUCCCUUCUGCCUGUCGCCCUCUUUCCAGAUGUCCACCCUCAGCCUGCCGGGCCAGGCCCCGUCGCCCCUGCAAAGCCCCAAUCCAAGCGAGGUGGGCAGCAAUGCCAGGCUAGAGGAGGAGGAGGAGGGCAGGAGGAAGCGAUAUCCUACCGACAAGGCCUACUUCAUUGCCAAAGAGAUUCUGACCACAGAGCGGACGUACCUAAAAGACCUCGAGGUCAUCACUGUGUGGUUCCGCAGUGCUGUGAUCAAAGAAAACGCCAUGCCCGAAGGCCUGAUGACCCUCCUCUUCUCCAACAUCGACCCCAUCUAUGAGUUCCACAGAGGCUUCCUCAAGGAGUUAGACCAGAGGCUGGCUCUCUGGGAGGGACGCUCGAAUGCUCACGUCAAAGGCGACUACCAGAGGAUUGGUGAUGUGAUGCUGAGGAACAUGUGUUCUCUGAAGGAGUUCACCAGCUACCUGCAGAAGCACGAUGAGGUUUUGACAGAGUUGGAGAAGGCCAGCAAGAGGCUGAAGAAGCUGGAAACGGUCUACAAGGAGUUCGAGCUGCAGAAGGUGUGCUACCUGCCCCUCAACACGUUCCUACUCAAGCCAAUCCAGCGCCUCAUGCACUACAAACUCAUCCUGGAGAGACUAUGCAAACAUUACUCCCCUGAACACCGAGAUCACGACGACUGCAAGGAGGCUCUGAAGGAAGUGGCAGAGAUAGCCACUCAACUCCAGAGUAGUCUCAUCCGGCUGGAGAAUUUCCAGAAGCUGACAGAGCUGCAGAGAGACUUGAUUGGUAUAGAGAACUUGACGGCUCCAGGGAGGGAGUUCAUACGAGAGGGAUGUCUGUACAAGCUCACCAAGAAAGGGCUGCAGCAGAGAAUGUUUUUCCUGUUCUCAGACAUGAUCCUCUACACAAGCAAAGGUGUGACUGCAACCAAUCAGUUCAAAGUGCACGGCCAGCUGCCCCUUCAUGGCAUGAUAGUGGAGGAGAGUGAGAAUGAGUGGUCAGUCCCCCACUGCUUCACCAUCUACUCUGCUCAGAGAACUAUCGUAGUGGCUGCCAGUUCUAAAGUGGAGAUGGGGAAGUGGAUUGAGGAUCUGAACCUGGCUAUCGACAUGGCCAGGAAGUCGCAUGACAAAUCCGGCAUCUUCUUCGAUCCUGGACUCAGCGAUCGAUCCAACCGGUCGUCGGACGAGGUUUCUCUGGAGCAGGAGUCCGAGGAUGACAUGAACUCCUCCCGGACCUCGCUGGACAAGCAGACGCACCACCGUGCAAACACAACCAUGCAUGUGUGCUGGCACCGCAACACCAGUGUGUCUAUGUCCGAUCACAGCCUGGCUGUGGAGAACCAGCUGUCAGGGUACCUCCUGAGGAAGUUCAAGAAUAGUAACGGCUGGCAGAAACUCUGGGUCGUUUUCACCAACUUCUGCUUGUUCUUCUACAAGACUCACCAGGACGACUUCCCGCUGGCCAGUCUGCCCCUGCUCGGCUACACAGUCAGCACCCCAGAAGAGUCUGAUAGCAUUCACAAGGAGUACGUCUUCAAGCUGCAGUUCAAGUCCCAUGUUUACUUCUUCCGAGCGGAAAGCGAGUACACAUUCGAAAGAUGGAUGGAGGUGAUCAAGAGUGCUGCCAGCACCACGGGACGGAUGAACCUGCUCAUACCUAAAGGAGGUCCCAUGGAGAUGAACGGAAAAUGAAUCGUCAUGCGUCCAGAGGCUGGGCCUCUACGACGUCAAAUAAACUCAGACUCACUUCCUAUUAACACAGAACUGAACAUUUUGACAUUAACAAGUGGAGACUGAAAGUUGCUGCCAGUUUUAAAGUGUUAACGUUUCUCUGCUUAACUUCUCUAAAGGGCUGUGUAUUUUUUUUGUCUGUGUUUCAUGGUGUAAAUGAUAACAUUUGCUCCAGUAUACAGGAUAUAAUGAAAGGGAGACUUGUACAUUAUGAUCUAGGUUUUUUUCUUUUAUUUUUUUUGCUUGUGUGACGCUCAGUUGGGCUGUUCAUAUAGACUGAUACAACAGGAGAUACUGAUUUAUGGGACCAAAUCCAACACAAUGGGCUUAAAUUUCUGCUUUUUCAAGGACUUUUUUUCCACUUGAAACUUUGUCUGGUUCGUCACUGAGCGAAAGCAAACAUGUUAUACAGUAUGUGGAAAAAUGAAGGAAUGGGAUGGUAUGUGCUCUCUUCUUCUUUGUACUUUGAAGAGCCAGAGGUGUGUGUGCGUGUGGGGGGGGGGGGAGUGUGUCAGAGACAGAGAUGGAGGUGAGGAGAAAGUUAAGGAAAUGUUAGAACAGGUUUGAGAUGCGAAGCCGUUCAAUUCUUGGGAGUUCUGUGGGAACAUUUCAAUAAUUCAUGCUGCUGUUGGGUUGAAGACGCAGGCAGUUUGGCUUCAGACAGAGUGAACUUUUCACAGGAUUUAUAAACUGUCGUAGUGUUAAGUUAAGAUUUUCUUCAGGCCAGUCCACUUUAUUUGCCUGUUCAUGGAAGGAUGCAGCUUUUGUUUGAAAUCACUUCGAGCGGUUCUGCUCAAUACUCCUGAUUAGUUAGGCAGCAUUAUCGCCCGUGUUGUGGUACAUUAAUCUCAAAUAUAAUCUUUUGUCCUGUUAUUAAUUUUUGCAUAGGGCUAACAACUCGAGGAAAUACUGUGCAGUUGGUUGCUCUAGAUUUUACUCAUGACAGACUGCAGAUUUUCCCUCUGAAAGCAGAAGAACGUAUUUUGAAGUAACUUCUUGGUGCUUGUGUCUCUGUGUUUGUCAAAUGGGAGCAGACUUAUGGGAUGCUGAGGACACUUCCAGUUAUUUAGUGUGCUACAUGCAAUCAUGGUAUAUUUGGGAAAUAUUUUUUAUGAAGACUGGAACCUUUGCUCUCCGUUUAUGUGCGUGUGCGUGUGUGUGUGCGUGUGUGUGCAGAAAAGCCAACUGUGUAGUCCCACCUACACCCGCCUCCGGAGCAUGUGACGGACAGUGAUGAUGGAGGUCAUCAACGUCUUGACAUUGUGUGUGUGUGUGUGUAUCACUGACUCUGUUGCACAGUUAACAUUGAGUAUGUUACUCCUAUUUAUUGUUUAGCAUGUCAUCAGGGCCAUGCUCCUGAGUGCCCUCGUGUAGUCUUCAUGUUAUACCAGUGAAAACCUAACGAAUAAACCAUCAUUUCAGUCAGA